GAAAAAAGAUAAAAGAUUAAAAAAAAAAAAGAAGGCACCUCUGCUGAUUGCUGACCUCACCUGUAUCUCUUGUUGGGGAUUUUCCUGGGUCCCCUACCUCUGCCCUUACCCACACCCCUCUCAAAUCUCACCUCCCCAACUCCUUCCCCUUUAGCUUUUGUCCAAAAACUCUUUUUUUUUUUUUUUCCUUCUCUAUUUCUCUUCUCAUCCAUCUCUCUCUCUCUCUUCUCGGUAUAAAAGACGCCCACCUCCCGUCAACUUAAAAAUAUUCACAGGGAUUGUUUUUGGGUUUAUUUUAUUCUUUCAUUAUUUGUUUUCUAGGUGGCUUAUUCCGCCUUGUAAUUCAAAAUCAACUUGGGAAAUUUUGGAAGAUUUGGGAUGAAAUCUGGUCGGAUCUUGCUUCGUUGGACGUGGAUUUUGGUGGGUCUUAUUUCAACGCAAAACUCUUCUUCAUUUAUCCUCCUCUUAUAGCUUUCACAAAUCAACGUACCAAGGAAGAAGUGACAGAGAGAAAAACGAAUCCUCUAAAUCUCCUCCUGCUUAACAUCAUCUUCUGCAAUAUUCCCCCUUUCUGCUUCUGUGAUUUUGGCUUUGAUCUUUUGGUCUUUAUUUGGUGCAAUGGGCAUCUCUACGGAGUCGCAGUUUCAUGUUUUGGCUGUUGAUGACAACCUCAUAGAUAGAAAGCUGAUCGAAAGGCUCCUCAAGACCUCAUCAUAUCAAGUUACUACGGUUGAUUCUGGUAUAAAGGCUCUAGAAUUUCUGGGUGUGCAUGAAGAUGACCAAAGCAACCCAGAUAUACCAUCGGUUUUCCCGAACACUCAUCAGGAAGUGGAAGUGAAUCUUAUCAUUACAGACUACUGUAUGCCUGGCAUGACAGGCUAUGAUUUGCUCAGGAAAAUCAAGGAGUCUUCAUCCCUGAGAAACAUACCAGUGGUGAUUAUGUCAUCCGAGAAUGUGCCUUCAAGGAUCAGCAGAUGCUUGGAGGAAGGAGCAGAAGAAUUUUUCUUGAAACCAGUUCAACUAGCAGAUGUUAAUCGACUUAGGCCCCAUAUAAUGAAAACUAAGCCGAAGGAUCAACAUGAAGACAAACAAGAAAACAAAGAAGAAGAAUUAGGAAAACCAGAGUUUCAAUCACGAGAAGAAAAAGAACAGCAGCAGCAGCAACAACACCACCAUCUCCAACAACAACAUUCCAAUAGCAACAAGAGAAAAGCCUUGGAAGAAGGGCUUUCUCCUGACAGAACAAGACCCAGAUACAACAACGGCCUCACCACCGUGGUCUGAUGACAAAAAUCAAGGAAAUAGAUUUUCUCCUUCACUCAACAAUUGUAGUUUUUUUUUUUUUUUGGUUUUUAUCAAAUCUAAAAUACGCUGGGUCAAUACAGGCCCAAUAGAAGUGUAGAGAGGGUUUAUGUAUACACUUCACAUGGAAAUAUUUUGACAAUUUUGUUUCUCUAAUU